GGGAAUCACCACAGACAACAGGGAGGGGAGCAGCAGCGACGUGCGUCCAGCAGAAAAAGCAGCUUCUUAGGGUUGGAAAUGAAGUCAGAGCUGGUCUGGGAGGACUGGGACCUGGGAAAAGAAUUCACCAAAACAUUAGUGUUAAAGAACAUUCAUAAUAAGAGACAGAAGCUACACCUGAGGCCUCCAGAGUCCACAUUUUUCAUCAUCCUAAGUCCCCAGAUCAUUUUAAUCAGCCCAGGGAUGUCUUUCUCCAUCCCAAUCUCCUUUAGACCACUACAGAGGUGUGAGUAUGAGGACAGCAUUGAGUUUCAGAGUAAAGAGGGCAGCUUCCAAGUACGCCUCCAGGCCACCAUUCCCUGUCUUGCCUUGGAGGUACCAGACUCUGUACUGCUGCCACUUUGUGCGGUGCAACACUCCUCACAUACCACUUUCCUCCUCAAAAAUGCAAGUAAACUCCAGACUUCCUUCCAGUGGGUGUGUGCUGCACCUUUCCAGUUAAGCCCUGACCAUGGCCUGUUGAAGCCCAGUCAGGAGUGUCACAUCACUGUGGUGUUCCAGCCACAAGAGGCGCUGGUGUACCAGCAACAGGCUUCCUGCAGGUUUGGAGAGGAAGGGGACAAGGCAGAGAGCUGCUGCACAGUGCUGCUGCUGGGACUAGCCAAACACCCAUGUCUCCAGCUGAGAAACCCUGCAGCCAAAGAGGAAAAAGAACAGGGGGGUCCAGUGCUGCACUUUGGUUCUGUGGCUGUUGGCCAAAAUUUGCAGAAACACUUUGAUAUCUUCAACCCCUCUCCUGUAACUACAUCUUUCUCUCUGUCACGUCUAUCUGGCGGGGUGCCUUUGCUUGGGUCAGAAUUCAGCUGUGAUGUCUCCACGGGUAAAGUAGCGCCUGGUGGAUCCCUGCGAGCUACAGUCACCUUUUCUCCUGCUGUGGUGGAUACAGUUUCGGUUGAGUACUUAUCUCUAAAAUGCAGAGGGGCAGACAAUGAAGAUCUGCUUAAACUCACUGGAAGUUGUAUAGGUCCUAAAGUUUCAUUAUCCUCCUCUGUGUUGGACUUCGGCUGUGUUAAGGAUGGACAAGCAGUCGUACAAACAGUGGCGCUGGUUAAUUCUUCUCCUGUUGAGACCAUAUACCAAUGGGACCUUGACUGUAGUGGGCAUAGUGUGUUCAGUAUCCAGCCUGCAAGUGGCACUGUUCUGCCACACAGCCAAACCACACUGAAGGCAGUCUACAGGCCCACACAGCCCAUUGUACACCACAGGAGAGUGGCAUGUCUCAUACUCCACCGGGACCCUCUGUUUCUAGAUCUGAUUGGAACCUGUCACUCAGAGCUCCAGCAACCAGCCAUACUGAAACCUGAACACUUGGUUUUGUACAAGCUUCACUGGUACCGUGGACACAGCCCACCAGACAGUCUCAGUGCCAUGCAGCAAGAUCAUAAUGUAGACUUGGAUCAGCAAGGUCUACACUGCACCCUGGAGGAGUCAAAUCAGAGACCAGACAGCUCUACUGAUGUGCUUAAAACUCCCAUGGAGGAAUUCUACCAAUCUUGCUUGGGGUGCAUGGAUCCCCUCUCCUCCAGCUCUUCAUCGUCUCCACAUGUGUCUGUGUUUCCAAGUGAGCUGCUAUUUAACCACAAAGUACCCUCCUUCGUGUCAACUUCAUCCUCUUCUUCUCAGUCCGUCUCCAUCACCAACUACACUAGGGGGAAACUAAGCCUGGUGUGGACUGUUGCCCAAGACUCUCAAUUUACUGUCUCUCCCUCAACAUGUGACCUGGCUCCACUGAAGUCUACCUCAUUCAGAGUGACCUAUGAUCCCAAGCAGCUCAACACUUUGCAUGGAGCGCAACUUGAGUGCUUUGCAUACUAUAAAAUGGAAGAUCAGCGCAUGGUUGAGCGACUGCUGUGUCCUCCAUGGUGUGUGACAGUGAGAGUCAUCGGUCACUCCUUUCAACCUGGCAAAGAACACUUCAUCCCAUGUUGCUCUCUGAAGCCCCCUCAAGUGGUCUUUCCAGGCCUAAGUGCUGUUUCUUAUCAGACAGCUCUCCUCCAGAAUUCUGGAGAUGUGCCCCUCACUUUCUGUCUGGACCUCAGCUCAAACCCUGCCCUUGCAAGAUCAGUAUCCGUUGUUCCGCAGUGCGGUCUGAUCCAACCUGGGCUUCACCAAAUCUUCACCCUCAGAACGACUCCCACAAUAAAAAGUCCCAGACAAGGGUUCUGUUUACAGCUGCAGCUCAAUGCAGCUAAACACACCAGGGAACUGACAGUUGUGAGUGUGGUUGAAAAGCUGUGUGUGUCUCUGGAAGGAGAUGGCACUUUAUAUUUUCAGCCAACAGCUGUGGGCUCACAAACACAACGCUCCCAACACAUCAGGAAUCUCAGCUGUCUACCUCUACGGUUCCAAUGGAGCAUUCCAGAACCAGACCAAGAGCUUAUCUCUGUUGAACCAGAUGCUGGUGACCUGCAUCCCAAUGAGAUCUUGAUUCAGACAUGGUCCUUCAGUCCGCUGGCAGAGAAAACAUACACACUCAAACCUAUUCUCACCUUCUGGCCGAGCCGGACUGAUGAACAAAACAAGUCCCUCAUCACACUAAAAGUGGUGGGAAUGGGCUCCAAAGGUUUCAUAGAGGCAGAAAAAGCCAUCCUGGAUGUAGAGGACACGCUCGUUGGAAAUAACCAGUCAAUUGAAAUUCCUCUGGUGAACAACAGCCCCUGCUCUGUGUCCUUUCAUCUCUCUGUGCAGCAGACACUUCUGGAUGAGGAACUUGUUUCUGAUCCUGAGAUUGAGCCGUGUGCUCUAAAGCUGGACUGUGAGAGAGGAAUCAUCGCCUCACGCUGCACAAUGCUGCUUCGAUCUACUUUCAGACCACACAGACGAGGCCAGUACUUAUGGACGAUCAACUACCAGACAAUGAAUGCCAGUGGGUCUGUGUCAUCCCCUCCACAGGCUGUAUGUGAAGUGCGAGCGAAGGGUGUGUUCCCUACACUACAGGUGACUGAUGUGUGCGGUGGUGGCAGUUCGGGCAGACUCAGCAAGAUGCAUCUCUGGAAACUGUUCUCAUUGGACAGCCUCAACCAGCACCUGCUGUCCACCCCCUCCUCUGCAGAACUCAUUUAUAGAACCCCCACCAAGCACAGUCUACACAGUUGUCCAUCAACCUUAACCAAAGCCAUGUUGGAUUUCAACUUCAGUGCUGCUUCCAUUAGUUCAGAGCCCUCAGCUUUUACACUGAUGUUUCACAACCCUGGUUCCAUCCCUGUCGAUUGGGCGUUCUUGUUUCCAGAGGAACAGCAGAUAGAGUUGGAUUACUGGGCAGAGACAGGAGAGCUCAGCAGCACUGAGCCAUCCCAGAUGAAGGCUCUGUUCAGCAUUUCUCCUCGUUCUGCAACUUUGCAGCCUGGCCAGCAGAGGGCAGUACACUUCAGCUACAGUCAUGACUUUGUUGGGACAAAUCGGUUUCCUGUUCUGUUAAAAAUCUCUCAUGGCAGAGAGAUCUUGCUUAACUUCCAGGGGGUGACAGUGGAGAGAAACAGACCAUACCUCCACUUUGCCUCCAAAAGACACGUCUUCACUUCUGUUACUAUUGGAGACUGUAGUCCUCCAAGGCAGGUGUAUGAACUAUACAAUGCGGGCGCAGUGCCAGUCCAUUAUGAAGUGGACACCGCUGUGUUGUCACAGCUAAAGGUGGACAAUUUUAACCAUCCAGUGUUGUGCUGCCUCAGUCCAGAGGGAGAGGUCCCUCCUGGAAAGACGGCCAUGCUGGAAUGGAUCUUUUCGCCACUGGAGGCUAAGAUGUACCAUAUGGACGUCUCUAUCCACAUCCAGGAUGGGGACUCGACACUGGUGAGGUUUGAGGGAUGUGGGUUUGGUACUCAAACACUGGGCUCCUCAAACACAUUUAACUGCAGUGAUACUUUGGAAUCUGCGCCCUGUGUCCAGAGGGUGCCGUUCCCAGGACGGUUGGUUUUUCUGUCUGGAGACAGCGUCUCUCUAGGUGACGUCCCUGUCUUCUCAGAAUUGUCAAGAAUCCUCUUCCUCACCAAUGUGUCUCACUCAGACACUGUCCACUACACAUGGGACCUUCCCCAGCAGAGCAACCAGCAGGUGGUGCAGAUCCGUCCAGAGCGAGGCAGCCUGAGUCCAGGGGAGUGUAGUCUUUGUGUCCUCACCUUCACUUCCACCGACUACCCCACUGUUUAUCGGCUGGAUCUCAUCUGUCAGGUUAUUCAAGAAGCUGCACUGACACAAUAUCAUAAAGCUCUGCAACGCUGGGAGGAGGAGAGAAAGAGAGAAGAAGAGGAAUUCACAAUCACUGACAAGCACCUUCCAGGAAGUCAAAGAGAUCUGAUCAAUAAGGAGACUGUGGGAGCGUCAGUAAGAAAGGAUUCACCAUUCAGGAAAUAUAAGAUUAUUCCUCCUAUCUCUGCCAGUGGUAGUGGUGAAACAGUAGGUGCAAUAUGUUCUAAGUUAAUGAGAGCUGAGCGCCGGGCACAGCAAGAAACGGCAAAAAUACAGAGGCAGCCCGAACCACCCCAACCUGUUCUGUUGCACCUGGAGGUUACAGCACACUCCUAUGGGCUUCUGGACUAUCUCACACACUUCCCUGACCAGCUCAAUAAGCUCUAUAGGGGCCUCCAGUCAGUUGAGUCCCAGACACCUUCUUCAAGCACACCCCUCCCUGUUACGCUUCCCCCGCCACCACACAGCCCAGAGAAGGACAUCUUUGUGCACAUUCUCACCACUCUGCUAUGGAACAUCCUCGAGGAUUCAGCUUUCGCUCAGUCUCUAUUUACUGUGGCCUCCAAACCUGUCACCUACCGGCCGACAGAAACUUCUCCCUCUCACUGCCCCCCAUCUUCUCCUUCCCCCCGACCUCAAGCUGUGUUGGAUAGGCCAGAGGCUAGACUGACUGAACAGCACAGCACGGUGGACAGGGCGGGGACAGCACCAGUGGAACGUGCUCCUGUGGACGUGAGCAAAGGUGUUUUGGUGAACACCCUCCAGAACCUGAUGAUGGAAGCUGUCAGAGGAGAGCUUGUUCUUACAGCGCACCCACGCACCGUUAUCUUGCCACCUGUUUCCACCAGGACCAGGAGGAUGUCCAGAGCCUCGACUGAGGAGAACAGCUAAAAGGAAACAGUGAGGACUAAGUUUCACCAUCUACUGCACAUCCUAGAGACGCUUCUCUGUUUGUUGUUUUCAUCUAAAUCAGUAUUUCCCACAAUCCACUGUUAUUAAUUCUUUUCUAAAAUCAGUUUUGCCUCAUACACAUUCUGUAGCUCUUCUGUGUCCCUUCAAGUGCCAUCUAUUGUUCCUUUGCACAGUUGUUCUUAAAUCUCUCUCCUGCCCCCAUGUCUCUGCUCUCAGUUAUCUCAUUGACUCUUCCAGAACUAUUACAUAAAUGCUGCUGCAGCUGU